GCAGACCAAAAUGGUAGAAGAUGAGCGAUUUGGUUGUGAAGAUUUUGAUGCAGAUGAAUUCGCAACAGAGUUGGCCUCUCGCAGUGACAGCGAUAUUCAACUUCAGAAGCAACGGCGAGCUAUCCAGAUGCUAAGCGAAGAUACAGCGCAGUCAUUGAAGAGAAAUGUGUACAAAAACUACGCUCAGUUUAUCGAGACAUCUAAAGAAAUCUCGUAUUUAGAGGCAGAAAUGUAUCAGUUGAGUCACUUGCUGACGGAGCAGAAGAACGUUGUUUCUGCAUUUCACAAUAUUUCUCUUUCAGAGCAAGAAUUUGCAUCUGAAGACCAACUAGAAGUAGAAGAGUUAGCUGAUGACAGCAAGAACAUUACAUCAGUGCUAGAGACUGUAGAAGGAUGCUCUCAUAUUACUGAGGUUCCCAAUCGUGCCUGUGUUCAUUCUUCUCACGUUGUUGAGCUAGACACUACAAGCUAUGUUGCAGUCCAGAUGGUUCGAGCAUACUUGCUUAAUGAUAGUCUGUUGAUAGCCUCUUACAUCAAACAUCGACGAGGUCCUGUCAAAUAUAAAUUUCAAGCUUUGCUUGAGUUAGACAGCUUGGCUGUAGUGAAUGUGAAAGACUCUGAAGAUGUUCAAAAUGCGUUCAAGGUGUUAAUGUUUCCAGACAGCUACAUGUUUCAAGCAGAGACAGCUGUUGAGAAAGCUCACUGGCUUGAGCUGAUUGAGAAGACAAAGCAGAGACAUAAAGCACAACGAGAUGCACGAAAGAAAUCAUUAGCCAGCAUUCCUAGCUUCACUACGACAGCAGGCUCAAUAGCGAGAAAAUCGGUGGCUGCUAUAGAAGCUGAGAAGCAUCAGGCUGAAAUGCUGCAGGCAGACUGGCUGAAAGAUGCACCCGAUGAUCUGGAUGUGUCCAUAGCACAAAGAGACUUUGAAAGUGCAAUGGAACUUAUUGAAAAGACGAGAAAGUAUCUUUCAGGUCUCUCAGAAAAUCAUGCUGUAAGAGACCUGAGGAGUCGCAUUGAUCAUCGUGGCAAACAGCUAGCCGAGGUAUUGGUCAAGGAACUACGUGGCUCACCGGUUGGUUCUCUUAGAGGUGGACCUCGAGCUGCACGUCGUGCUGUUGGUUUGUUGAUACGAUUGGGUCGAUCAGCACAGGCUUGUGAUUUAUUUUUGAAAAACAGAAACAAGGUUAUAGUUCACAGCCUUCAACUACUGAAAAUUGAAGGCUCUGUCGUGUUGUACAUUACCAAAUUGGCGGGGGUGUUUUUUGGCGGUCUGCUAGAGAGUGUUCAAGAGUUUCAAAGAGCAUUUAAGGAUGAUGUAAAUAGUUCAUCAGCAUUUGUUGUGUGGGCUGAAGAACAACUGCAAGGUUUUGUUGGCCAGCUAACAAGUCAGUUAGCUAAUAAGAAGGGCCUAUCUACAGUUGCUGAGUGUGUGGAAAUUGCAAAACAGCGUUGUGCUAAGCUGUGUGAUGUGGGUCUGGAUUUUGGUUACACAAUGCACAAGAUGCUGUUGGAGUCUAUUGUCGAAUGCAUCAAUGAAAGCCGGGACCAGUUAGUGGAAGCUAAUCGUCACAGAGCAUCUGAAGAAACAUGGAAACCGGUUAACUAUCGAGAGGAGCCUCGACAAUUGAGUAGUAUCACUUUGGAAAUGGUCAACAUGGGAAUUGACGAUUUUUCCAACUUAGUGUUUGAUGGUGGAAAGGUCGAUUUGAGCAGUACAACAUUGAGUUUUUGCCGUGGUGUCAGUGCUUUUGUUCAAGACGGUCUUAAACUGUACAUUCCUGAACUGUAUGGUGUUCUGAUUGAAAGCAUUGGUAACUUGUUUCAGGAGCAACUAAUAAUAAUAGAAGAGGCACUGAAAACAGAUCAGUACUUGCAGGAACACGAUUUUAUUAAGAAGAAUGCUUCUUUUCUUCUGGAGACAAUACUGCCCAUAAUUGAAGAACGCAUUGAGGAAUCUCUUGGUCGAGUGUCACCUGAAUUAGCAGAGUUGCAUGGAGAACUGGAUGGGUUGAUAGCAAUGUCUGCUUCCAACAAUCUUGGUGAUUCUGAUGAGGACGACUCUGACGAGGAAGUUAUAUGAAACAAGCUAAGUUGUUAUUGUGGCCAGUUUGUAGGAAAGAUGAAUGUUGUAGUUUGGCAUCUGUAUGAUGAUUGUAAAGUUUUGGGCUCUAAAACAAAGAUAGUGAAAUUACGUGAUUGAA